AUUUACUACGUACUGUGUAUUGAUAGUAUGACCUGAUUGCUGGCCAGGAUCCCCCUCAUGCACCUACCCCUCCUCCCUGCCCGUCAGAGCUUCCUUCGUGCUCCAGCUCGUUGGUCCCGGUUGUUGGCUGCUGGCUGCCCCUCUUCCUGGUCCUCGUCAUCCGUCGUCCGCAUUGCCUACUGUCGUUGCGGCUGUCGGAAUUCUUCGUCCUGUCGCUGUGUCUGCUGUUCUCAUCCUUCCUCAUCUGCAUCUCGGGCUUUUACAUCGGGACCGUGUGCUUUGUCUUCCUCUAUCUCAUCUAAAUUGUCUCCCGCGUCCUGCUGCUCCGCCUCUGUGCGUGCGUUUUCUACCACCAACCCCGCCAAGAUGGUUCAGGAAUACAAACUCAAGAAUGUCACGUCCCUGGCGGACGUCAAGGACCUCGACAAGGUCGAGUGCGAGGUCGACGGCAUCCAGGAUGGCAAGGUCCUCCUCGUCCGGUACAAUGGCCAGGUCCACGCCAUGACCUCCAAGUGCACCCACUACGGCGCCCCCUUGAAGCUGGGCGUUGUCGCCCCAGAGGGUAGAAUUACCUGUCCGUGGCAUGGAGCCUGCUUUAAUGUGGUGAGCGGCGAUGUCGAGGAUGCCCCGGCUCCCAACGCGUUGAAGAAAUUUGAGGUCUUUGAGAAGAACGGCGCCGUCUACAUCAAUGCCGAGGAGUCGGAUGUCAAGGCGGCGCAGAGAGAUCCUGCCGUGAAGUGCAGUGCUUCUCAGCAGCAGAAAGUCGUCAUUGUUGGCGGUGGAAGUGGCACCUUUGGUGUUGUCCAGGCGAUCCGCGAACACAAGUACAAGGGAGCCAUCACCGUCAUCACCCGGGAACCGAACCUCAUCAUUGAUCGCACGAAGCUGUCCAAGGCGUUGAUCGCGGACGCGGCGAAGAUCCAAUGGCGUCCAGAGGAGUGGUACAAGGAAGCCUCCAUUGACAUCGCUCAUGAUGAUGUGACCGGCGUGGACUUCGAGAAGAAGACCGUGACCACCCAGUCCGGCAAGUCAUACCCCUACACCAAGCUGGUUCUUGCAACGGGAGGUGUGCCUCGCACCCUCCCUCUGGACGGCUUCAAGGACCUCGGCAACAUCUUCGUGCUCCGCACCAUCCCGGACGUGCAGGCCAUUCACCAGGCACUGGGCGAGCAGAAGAACAAGAAGGUCGUCGUCAUCGGCAGCUCCUUCAUCGGCAUGGAAGUAGGCAACUGCCUCGCCAAGGAGAACGACGUCACCAUCGUCGGCAUGGAAAAGGCCCCCAUGGAGCGCGUCAUGGGCGAGCAAGUCGGACGCAUCUUUCAAGGGAACCUGGAGAAGGCCGGAGUCAAGUUCAAGCUCUCCGCCAACGUCUCCAAGGCCACACCCUCCAGCACCGACUCCAGCAAAGUCGGCGCCGUCCACCUCGAAGACGGCACCGAACUCCCGGCUGAUCUGGUCAUCCUCGGCGUGGGUGUCCGCCCGGCGACCGAUUUCCUCCAAAACAACCCCUCCAUCACCCUCGAGAAGGACGGCUCCAUCCAAACCAACGAACAUUUCGCCGUCCCCGGCCUCAACGACGACGUCUUCGCCAUCGGCGACAUCGCCACCUACCCCUACCACGGCCCCGGCGCCGACCAAGACAAAGGCACACUGACCCGCAUCGAGCACUGGAACGUCGCCCAAAACGCCGGUCGGGGCGUAGCCCGCGCCAUUGUCCACACCGGAUCUCUACAAACCCUCAAACCCAAGGCCUUCAUCCCGAUCUUCUGGUCCGCCCUGGGCGCCCAGCUCCGCUACUGCGGCAGCACCGUCAACGGAUGGGACGAUCUGAUCUUGCAGGGCGAGCCGGAGAACGCCAAGUUCGUGGCGUAUUACUGUAAGGGUGAUACGGUGGUGGCGGUCGCGACCAUGGGCAAGGAUCCCGUGAUGGUCAAGUGUGCGGAAUUGAUGCGUCGGAAGAAUAUGCCCUCCAAGGCGCAGAUCAAUAGCGGCGUGGAUGUGCUCACUGUGGGGGUGCCGGAGUCCGUACGCAUAUAAUGGAGUACUACUGUGAUAGGGAUGAAAAUAUGAAGUAGCGGUAGUAAUAAUGAUUAUGUUGAAUAUUGAGUUUCCUCAACCUGACCUCGGUUGUAUGUCUUAA